AUGCCGGCUGUCAAGCGAAAAGCGGCUGCGUCCAGCAGCGCCGCCAACAAGUCUACCAGGCACUCGCGGCCCAGCGCAGCACGCGCACCCAAGCUCGCCCAGCAGCUCGACAUGUACAUCCGCCGAUCCGACGACGAGUCCGACGACGAUGCACCGCCAGCAGUCCAACAGACCAACGGUAAAACCAAGGGCAAGGGCGCGGUCGAGUACGAGCCCGAGUCGGACGAGGCGUCGGAUGUGGCCAGCGACGACGACGUCGACGUCAAGACGGUUUCGGCGUCCAACUUGGCCUUCCUCCAAGGACUGGAUAGCAACAAGGCGAUCAAUGUGUCGCAGAAGGACGCAAAGCAGAAAGCAAAGGAGCUCAAGCGUUCGGAUCGCAAGGCAUUCGACGAUGAGCGUAGGCGUGUCACCGCCGAGAAGAAGGCACGCCUCACACAGCCACCUUCCGACGACGACGACGAGGAGUUUGAUUCGGACCUGAUGGACGACAGCGAAGACGAGCCGGAAAAGGUGGUGGAGAAGAAGAACUACCAGGAAUACAGCGACGUCUCCGAGGGCGAGGAGAUCGUAUCCGAGGACGAAGCGCCUAAGCGUCCGACCAAGUCGCACGAGGCAGAUGAGGAUGCCGAGGCGGCGUAUAUGGCGCGGCUGGGGAAGCGCAAGCAGCGCGAGCAGCACGAGCGCGAACAGGAGCGCAAGCUGCGCGUCAAUGCCAAGCUGCCCGUGCGCAAGCUCGACGGCGACCUCAGCGACGACUCCGACUCGGAACCUCAAGACAGGCAGGAUUCGGAGCCAGAGGGGCUUGGCUCGGACGUCGAGUCCGAGUCGGACGACGAACGGGCGCAGAAGAGCCGUGCGGUGCAUGCGCCCAUCCCCCGAGCUGCCAGCCCGCCAGACGAAGAAGCCGCGCCGUCGACAUCGACACCGGUGGUGCAUUCGUCCAUCACGCACUCGGCGCGCUUCAACUUGACGGCGCCGUACGAGAUCCUGCUUGCCUCGCAUGCGUGUCGGCUGCCGCCCGCACCGGCGUCGCGCAAAGCCGCAUCCGCCCACCGCGCCGCCGUGGCCGCAGCGCACAAACACACGCUGCUGCUCGCGCGCAACCAGAUCGCAUCGCUCGCGUCCCAGAUCAUCGCCGACCCCGAAGUGAAUCUCGGCCUGCUCAGGCGGUUGGCCGUGUUUGCGGGAGCCACCAUCUCGGCGCCUCCGGAAAAGAUCCCCGAGAUCCGUGCCGAGCAGGCAGCAGCCAGAGCCGCCGGCGAUAGAUCCACCGCGCGCCCCGUCAAGAUCGAGGUGCCACCUGCGAUCCGCCAGCUGGCUAUGGUAUCGCUGCUCGCCGUGUUUGUGGAUAUCCUGCCGGGGUACCGCAUUCGCAGCCUCACCGAGAAGGAGCAGGACGAUAAAGUGGGUCAGGAGAUUGCGCGGCGUCGAGAGUACGAGGCGGGGCUGGUGGCGGUCUAUCGCGAUUUCCUCGAGCUGUGCGAAGCCGAACUCAAGGCCGCCAACGCCGGCCCUGAAGACAAGAUCAAGCCGGGCGUGGGCAAGUUGGAGGGAGCGGCGAUUCGGGUUUUCAGCACGCUGGCGGUGAGGGCGGUGCACUUUAACUUUCGCCAGAACAUCUUGGGCGUGGUAGUGGCGCGCAUGUCCAGACGACAGUGGGGCGAGGAGGAGGUGGCCUGUUACGAGGCGAUCAAGACGGUGGUACUGGGCGACUUGACGGGCGAGGUCUCGCUCGAGGUGGUGCGGUUGAUCCAUCGCAUGACCAAGGAGCGACGAUUCAAGGUCAACUCGCGCGUGCUCGACGUGCUGCUCCAUUUGCGACUUCGCGACGAGUUGGGAAGUAAGAGGAGUAGUACGACGAAUGCGACGGAUCCGGAGAAGGAUGCGGCGAGGGCGUUUAAGGAGGCCGAGGAGAGGAGGGCGGCGAUGAAGGCGCGCGAAAAGAGGGGCAAGGGCGGGAAAGCCAAGGCGCGCGAGGUGCGCAAGGGUGCAGCGGUGCAUCUGAGCAAGAAGCAGGUCAAGAAGCAGAAGGAGCUGCGCGCGAUCGAGGACGAGAUGAAGGAGGCCGAAGCUACCGUGGAUCUGGAGUUGCGGGAGAGGAACCAGACCGAAACACUCAAGCUGGUGUUUGUGUUGUACUUUACGCUGCUCAAGGCGCCGGUGGGCAGUGUGGCGGCGGGGGUGUUGGAGAGUGGCAUGAGGGGGUUGAGCAUGUAUGCUCACCGAGUCAACGUGGACUUUUUCCGCGACCUGCUCAAGGUGCUCAAGGUGCACGUGGCUACGAAUGCUGCUCUUCUCACCACCACCAACGAUGACUCGGACUCGGACUCGGACGACGAAAACAUCUUGUUGGAUCAAUCGGUCCUGACGAGGGUGAUUCGGCAGAUCAUCGUGGCGCUCAAAACCACCUUUGAUCUGUUCCUCAACCAGGCGCAGGGUACGAUUCUCAACCUGGAUCUGACGGACAUGCUAUCGCACCUGUACUACGUGCUUUUCUUCCUCCCCUUCACCUCGGGCGAUGCCACCGACCUUGCCCUCGACACUAUCUACUCGAUCUUGGUCAGGUCUGCCUCGGAUCAACAUGUGCAGGCGGCUUUUGCCAAGAGGUUGUCGAUCGUAGCGCUGCAAAUGCCAGCGCAGACGGCGAAGAAGACGUUGGGCAUUGUGGGGCAUUUGAUCGCCAAGAACACGGCCAAUGCGGCAUUGCUCGAUCUGGACGACCAGAGCAGGAACGGAACGUACAAUGCAGAGGGAGCCAAUUUGGCAAGUACGGGCGUGUUGGAGAGCGGUCAGACGGUGCUGUGGGAGCUGGCCCAUUUGACCAAGCAGAGCAAUCAGGAGCUCGCGCAAAAGGCGAGCGACGUCUGGGCGCUCAAGGACGCCAUCUAA